GUUAAACGCGAGUGGUGAGAGGAAACGAAGGCGAUUGCUAUCCGUUCGUGAAAGAAGAAAAUGAAGAAUCUUUGGUUAUUUUUCUGAUUCGGGAGAUUGAGAUUGGAAAAGGGUUUUAUUUACAGAGCAGAGUGAAGAAGAAGAUAGAGAAUCGAUAGCCAUGGUGGAUUCUUCUAAGGAUGUGUCAUCUGACGCUGGGCUCGAAACCAAUCCCUCUGACAGCCCUAAUUCUUCCGACGCCAUAGUUCCUUCCUCUUUCAAUGGCCCUGCUCUUUGUCUUUUCAGGUUUGCCGGUGACUCCGCUGCCGGAGCAUUCAUGGGCUCCAUUUUCGGCUACGGUUCGGGAUUGAUUAAGAAGAAGGGCUUUAAAGGAUCAUUUGCAGAGGCUGGAUCUUGUGCGAAGACAUUUGCAGUUUUGUCUGGGGUACACAGUUUGGUUGUUUGCAUGUUAAAGAGGCUGAGAGGAAAGGAUGAUGUUAUCAAUGCUGGGGUAGCUGGAUGCUGCACUGGUUUAGCUCUAAGUUUUCCAGGCGCUCCACAGGCUCUUCUUCAGAGUUGCAUAACUUUUGGAGCUUUUUCCUUUAUACUAGAAGGCCUUAACAAGCAGCAGCCAGCAUUGGCUCAUCCCAUUUUCUCGAGAACGAGAAGUGAUAUGGAGAGGAAUCGUCCUCCGUUGGUCUUGCCCCUUCAGUUUGCACUUCCAGUUGAACUUAAAGGUGCAUUUUCUGCAUUCUGCAAGUCCUUGGAGAAGAGCAGAAAGAGCUGGUAAUGUCCAGAAUUCUUAAAAUCUUUUGCAGAACAGCCAUUUAGUUUAAAUUUGUAGCCAAUGCUUGAAAGAGUUUGUUGCAAUUUGAGUUGGAAAUGAAUCUGGUUUUUUGCUGGGUGUAACUGUGGACUUUUCGAUGGUUUAUUUGGUGCAAUUUUUGCUAUUUUAUUCGAAAA